AUGAAUGGUAUGACUUCUGUCCCGGUUUGGCGUAGUUCUGGCGGCGGAGAGCAAGAGGAGGUGGCUGUCGUUGUUGCCGACUCUUAUAAUGAUCAGCUUAUUCGGGUGGACUUCGUGGCUGGCCAGAAUGAGGUAGUUCUCGAUGUUCUUGAGCUGUAUGCUCACCCGAAUGCCACGUUUCUCUACAAUGAUCAUACCUACUGGCCGAAUUUCGAGCGUUUAACGAUAGAUAGAAUUGCUAUCGACAGAAAUGGAUAUCCACUCAAGAGCGAAACAGUCUCAACCAUUACUACAAUCCCUGAGAUUCAAGGUAUAGACGACUUCGGCACUGACUCUUACAACGAAAAUAACACCUAUCAAUCUGCCGCUGGUGGGAUUGGCUCACUUCUUCUUCCAAGCUGCACAGCAUCCGCUUGGGGUAGGGGCAAGAACCACAAGAACAUUUUGUAUGUCACAACGAACGGUGGGAUGGUCUCUCCGAUCAAUGGGACUAUUGUCGAGCCUGCUAAAGUAGCUGCCGUCGACACUUCUCAAUUUGUUAUCUAG